AUGCCCCUUAAUGCAAAUAUUGCCAAUGUAUUUCACAUCUGGCAACCAAUGUGCUCCUCGGGUUUCAGAUACAACACAGGCAGACAAGAAACAGUCUGGGACACAAAUUUUCAUGGCCCUCUAGCGGCUAAGGACAAGAUGCGUGUCAGCAGGAAGCAGGGCCUCCUACUGCUGGCUGGCUACAUGACUUACAUAGUGAUGGGUGCCCUUGUCAUUGAGCUUCUGGAGAACGAUCACCACAAAAGACUAGAAGAAGCAACGUUUCGUAUGAAAGCACAAUUCUUUUCAAACUACACCGCUCUCAGCCCAGAAGAGGUGGAGGUAUUCAUACAGAAACUGGUAAAAGCUGUUCGGUUGGGAAUAGAUCCAACAGGAACCAAACCUCAUGAUAAAUACAGCAGCUGGGAUUUCACUAAUUCUUUCUUCUUCGUGGGAACUAUGUUAGCCACAAUAGGCUAUGGAAACCUCUGUCCCCAAACAGCAGAUGGUCAGAUCUUUUGUGUUAUUUUUGCUCUCUUUGGAAUCCCCUUCAACCUCAUCUGCUUGAACUAUAUUGGCUUUUUUGUCUCAAGAAUCUGUGAAACCUGUGCAGAGAAAGUGUAUUGGAAAGAAAACAAGAAAACAGCAAAAUAUCUUUUCUUCUAUGUGGUUUUGGGGAUUCAAAUGUUUCUUAUUUUGCCUUCGUUUCUCUUUCAAUGGAUGGAGGGCUGGAAUUAUAGUGAAGCUGUCUAUUUUACAUUUAUUACACUCAGCACCAUUGGUUUUGGAGACUAUCUAAUAGGGAGGAAGCAUGAUAGGUCAUAUUUUAUUGGCUACCGGCUACUCGCAGCCACUUGGAUCGUCAUUGGUCUGGCCUGGAUAGCUGUGCUGUUUGACCUCGUAUCCUCAUUACUUGAACCUCCAGCUCCAGUAAGAAGAAGAAGCAGCGCACGAAGACAGAGUAGUGGGGACAACAUAACACUGUCCCAAAGGGGUCAGUCUGUUAGAUUUUCAGUGACGGAGAGUACAAGUGCAUCACUGCAGUCUCGUGGAGAUUGACAUAAAAAUCAGUUGUACUCAAGAACUUCCAUUGAGCUUUUAUAAUUAUAUGCUAUUGUGACAUUCUGCGUAUUCCUUAAAAACUCACUAGUUGCUCUUUAAGUUAUGUAGUUCCUAAUAAACUGUGAAAUAGCCAUGUUUCGGCAACCAAGAGAGGGAGGGUGGCUAUUACAUAAAAAUCAGUUUUAUAUACUGUUGUUUUUAUGUUUACUUUUGAUGUCAUCUUUUUGGAAAAUAAAUUGUUAUUUAAAAAAAAUUACAUAAAAAUCAGCUACACGCAAGAA